GUGGGUGUGUGGGUGUCGUUGUGGGUAUGAGAGGAUGUGGGUGUGGGGUGUGGGUGUGUGAGUGUGGGUGUCGUUGUGGGUAUGGGUGGAUGUGGGUGUGGGGUGUGGGUGUGAGUAUAGUUCAUUUCUUCACUAACACUCUCCCCACACCCACACCCACACCCUUUUGUAUAAAAAGAAGAGUAAUCAGCCAUAUUGUGAGAUGAAAAAAUCGUUGUCCUCAAUAUAAAAGUUACUACACAGGCGAAGAAGACUCUUUUAUAGAAAGUAUUAUUCAAAGAAAAGUUCAAUGCCAGAAUUUAUUGGGUUUAAAUAUGUUUUAAUAAAUCGAUUUUCGCUUAAGAAAGCGUUCAAUUGUAAUGAAAUAGACAUAAUAUGUAUUAAUGUGAAUGAUAAUCAGCAUCAUAUACAAAGAUGAAGCAAACUACUUUUCCGAGACUUAGAUUCUACUAGCCAAAUAUUACAUUGGCUUCGGUUAUUUUUUAUUCAAAUGAUUAAUUUUGAAUUGAACAAAAUAUUUGAAAAUAAAAAAUGUUUAUUUUCAACGUAGAGAAAGCAAAUUCAUUUUCCUAGUCAAGUACGUAUUUCUGAAUUUCAAAAACAGAUUCUCAUCAAACAAAAAGUGAAAGUCUUAGAAAUGUGAAAAAGCCUUUCUUUUUAUCAUUGAGAGCAGUUUUUCAAAUGAUUGUUCACUGUAAAGAAAAUGGACAACCAUUAUACUAAAUAAUUUUCGAAGCAAGUGAGUAACUUAUUUCAAUGUAGUCAGCAUUUAUUUCUACUUCAAAUUUUUGUUUCAUUUCAGCACCACUACGUUCAAAUUCGACCGGCAUUAAUGCGAAUGCAAAAUGGAAUCGAAAUGGUCUCACUGUGGCUGGAGGGAAUGGAUCAGACAGUGGAAUCAAUCAACUCAAGUGCUCAUGGGAUUUGUAUGUAGAUAAUGACCAAACUAUUUAUGUCGCUGAUGCGGCUAAUUGCCGUAUUGUGGAAUGGAAAUGUGAUGUGACGAGUGGUCAAAUGAUUGCUGGUGAAUAUGGAAGAGUUGUUGUUGAUCAAUUGGGCAUUGUCUAUAUUACUGAUCGUGAAAAUCAUCGAAUCAUGCGUUGGCUAAAAGGAGUCACGCAGGGAACUGUGAUUGCUGGUGGAAACCGUUCCAGAGAACAGUCGAAUCAACUGAAUUGUUCCACAGGUUUAUCAUUCGAUGGACUUGGCAAUCUCUAUGUCGUAGAUUUUAACAAUAAUCGAGUGCAAACAUUUAAUAUCGAUUGA